AUGCCCAAGAACAAGGGAAAGGGAGGAAAGAACCGCAGACGUGGCAAGAACGAGUCCGACCACGAGAAGCGUGAACUCACCUUCAAGGAAGAUGGCCAAGAAUACGCUCAGGUCGUAAAGAUGCUUGGCAACGGCCGCCUCGAGGCCCAGUGCUUUGACGGCGUCAAGCGCCUCGCCAACAUCCGUGGCAAGCUUCGCAAGAAGGUCUGGAUCAACCAGGGCGACAUCAUCUUGCUGUCCCUGCGCGAGUACCAGGACGACAAGGGCGACGUCAUCCUCAAGUACACCGCCGACGAGGCUCGCUCUCUCAAGGCUUACGGCGAGCUGCCCGAGUCCGCAAAGAUCAACGAGACGGACACGUACGGCGCCGACGGUGACGGCGACUGCAACUUCGAGUUCGACGACGACCGCGAUUCGGAGGAGUCUGGAGACGAGGCCGCUGGUGGUGCUGGUGGCAAGAAGGACGUCGAUAUCGAUGACAUUUAA